GCGUAGAUUGCCCCGCGCGUUCCCGUUUUGGACCCUCGCAGCUGGCGGUCGCCGCUGUUGGGACACCUGCGCGAUCUACCUGUCCUGAGGCACGGGUAUUCCCAGUUGCGCUCCCUCUCACCUCCCGGUCCGCAGACCGUCCCACCUCCAGCCCCCCACGGAAUCCCGCAUCGCGCCGCUGAGCUGUCGCAGGGCGAGAUGAGCUCGGACGCAGAGGCUGGGGCGCCCCUGCCCCGGCUCUGCUGCCUGGAGAAAGGUCCCAAUGGCUACGGCUUCCACCUGCACGGGGAGAAGGGCAAGAUGGGCCAGUUCAUCCGGCUGGUGGAGCCUGACUCACCAGCCGAGAAGGCGGGGCUGCUGGCCGGAGACCGGCUGGUGGAGGUGAACGGUGAGAACGUGGAGAAGGAGACCCACCAGCAGGUGGUAAGCCGGAUCCGCGCCGCGCUCAACGCCGUGCGCCUGCUGGUGGUUGACCCCGAGACGGACGAGCGGCUGCAGAAGCUGGGUGUCCAGGUCCGGGAGGAGUUACUGCUCGCCCAGGACGGGCCCGGGCAGGCCGAGUCGCCGGCAACCGCCGAGGCGCAGGAGGCUGGCAGCCAAAAUGAGCCGCAGGCCGCCACGCCAGAGUCACGCGAGGCCGAGAAGAGCCAUCCGGAGCAGAGUGAGCUUCGGCCUCGGCUCUGCACCAUGAAGAAGGGCGCCAAUGGCUAUGGCUUCAACCUGCACAGUGACAAGUCCAAGCCAGGCCAGUUCAUCCGGGCAGUGGACCCAGACUCGCCUGCUGAGGCCUCGGGGCUCCGGGCCAAGGACCGCAUCGUGGAGGUGAACGGGGUCUGCAUGGAGGGCAAGCAGCAUGGAGAUGUGGUAUCUGCCAUCAAGGCCGGUGGGGACGAGACCAAGCUGCUGGUGGUGGACAAGGAGACCGACGAGUUCUUCAAGAAGUGCAAGGUGACCCCAUCCCAGGAGCACCUGCAUGGUCCCCUGCCCGAGCCCUUCACCAAUGGGGAGAUCCAGAAGGAGAACAGUCGUGAAGCCCUGGCCGAGGUGGCCUCCGAGAGCCCCAGGCCAGCCCUGGCAAGAUCCACCUCCAGUGAUAACAGUGAGGAGCUGAAUUCCCAGGACAGCCCCAAGAAACAGGACUCUGCAGCACCCUCAUCUACCUCCUCGUCCUCUGACCCCAUCCUGGACCUCAACAUCUCCCUGGCUGUGGCCAAAGAGAGGGCCCACCAGAAGCGCAGCAGCAAACGGGCCCCGCAGAUGGACUGGAGCAAGAAAAACGAACUCUUCAGCAACCUCUGAGACCCCUUGCACCGGCCACCCAGGAAAGGUGGAAGGGCCAGGCCAGCUCCACAGUCAACCUCUUUUUCCUCCCCCCCACUUGCCCCUGAAUUGACAUAAAUCAACACCAGCAGCUCCCUCUUUUUUUCCUGAUUUUUCUAGAGAACUGUGUUCUUCCCUUACCUCACAGAAGGUCGUUUUUCCAUCCCUCCCAAUCAAAAAGCAGACUGUCCCCCCUCCUGAGUGCUUCCGCCGACUGGCUGUCCCCUCGCCACCCUCUUGGGACAUCACUGGGAUUUAAACCAAGCGAGGAUCAUGGGACCAGGCGAGAGGUCAUCUUCCCUCACCACCCCAGGUGUGACUGGGUCCAGGGUUGAUCAAGGAUCUGAUUACAGCGCGGCAUCUCACAGCAGAUGGGGCCCAUCAUCCCGAGACUAGCUUGGGCAUGUUUGUUUUGUUCAUUUGAUUUUUUUUUUCCUUCAUUAACAUGAUUCUUCAAGUUGUUGCAUCCAGGACAUAGCAGUGGCCUCGGCCUAAAGGUUUUUUGUUCCUGCUCCCACCCCCUUAGCCCUGGACAGCAUGGGGAGGGUUUGGCUCCCCCUGCCCAGCCCUGAGCCAGGCACCACCAUUGUUAAGAAAACUCCAUCAGAAAUGCAACUGGUUUCUCCAAACUGC